AUUUUAUUUCUUUAGUCAGACUAAUAUAGACUUUAUUCUAUUGUGCCUUAAGGUGGUACUGUGAAUUCUCAAAUUACAUAUACGUAACUGUGGGAACUGUGGUACAACCUGGCCUGAACGUAGCUGUCAAAAGAAAUGCUAUGCUGUAAUAUUAUUAUUAAAGUUUACUAUAUUUCGGAAUAAAAUAUAGUGGUUUAUGUUGUUCAUUUAACCGCUUUUAAUAAAAUGAGAUAGCGUUUAAUUCACAAAAUGACUGAAAUCAAGAUAGAAUAUUCAGAUCUGUUAGCGUGUCGUAUUUGCCUCGCGACCGACAGCAAACUGUUUGGAAUAUACGAACACCAACUCGACGAAACUUUUGCCGAUGUGAUGGGCACAGCGUUAUCAGCGUGGGACGGGCUGCCGCAGCACCUGUGUUCCUGCUGUCGGGCGCUCCUGCUCAAGAGCUCUGGGCUCCGGGAGCGCUGCCACCGCGCCCAGGACCUUCUCAAGCAAUUACUGGUUCAUCAACAAUUUUUAACAACAGACUUCAUACGCACCAUAGACAGAAUAUCCAACCAGCUAUCACUCCAUCUAACCAUAGAUAAUCUAGAGCAACCUAUCGAACUCACACAUGACGAAAACCAUAAAGAAUACAUAGAUUUUAUCGACAAUGAACCAACUAUAGCUGAUGAUGUAUAUAAUGAUGUUGAUUCUAUAGAUGAUGAUGAUGAUUUACCUUUAAAACAAAUAGAAAAAAGAAUAUCCCCCGAGGAAAAAGAACCACACAAGAAAGUAUUAAGAAAACGAAAAGUAGUCAAGGAAGUUAAAAAGAGUAGAAAUAUCAAGAAAGUUUCUAAAAUAUCUGUUAAGAAAGUAAAAUCGAAAGAGAAAGAGGUAGAAAAGACAGAGAAGGCUUAUAAGAAAAAAAAGAAGGGAUUCAAAAGGUUUUUUAGCUGUGAAGAGGAUUAUAUUAAGUUUGAGAAUAAUUAUAAUAUCAGUAUAGUUAAGGUAAGCGAAGAAGAGCAACUGAAAGACAUGGAAGCACGCAAGCAGUCGGCCAACUAUGCGCGCGCGCUGCUGCGCUGCGAGAAGUGCUUCAAGGGCUUCCUCUCCGAGGCCACCUUCGAGAACCACCAGAAAGUCCACGACCCGAUAAUGGGUUCAAACGAGUGCCACCUGUGCUUCGCGCGCUUUAAACAUCCGACGCGCCUGCGCCGCCACAUGGAGACACACACUCUCAAGUUUAUUUGCAAACUCUGCCCUCUCGUCACGAGACAUCGAGGUAUGGCCAUGAUGCACUCCGACUUCCACUCGGGCAAGACGUUCGAGUGCAAAUACUGCGGCCUCACCUUCAAAAAGAAGACCACGUUCAACACGCACAUACGUGUGCAGCACCCUUUAGAGAACGCGUCGGGCGGCACGUGCGACGUGUGUGGCGAGACCUUCAUCGGCAAGCGAGGACUGCAGCAGCAUAAGACCAUGGCGCACAGGAAGAUGCCCAUCAAAGAGCUGAAGUGUUCCGUGUGCAGCGUACAGUUUGAGAACCUCGACGCCGUCGUCAGGCACUCCGCAGCUGGCGGGUGCGACCCCAAACUAAGGGCGUGCCCGCAGUGCGGGGACACGUUCCCCGGCGCCGCGCAGCUGGCCGCGCACGCCGCCGGCGCGCACGUCGAGCCCGUCUACAAAUGUGACGACUGCGACAAAUCGUUCGCGACCAAGUCCUCCCUGGGCACGCACGUGGACCGCGUUCAUCUCAAGAUCAAACCCAAGAAGAUUGGCUUCUACAAAUACCACAUGUAUCCCAAGAAGAUGCAGAUCAAGCGGGUUGAAGAAAUCUGUGAGGUGUGCGGGAAGGGAUAUCCGAGCUCGACGUGGCUGAAGUACCACCAGCGCACACACACGGGCGAGCGGCCCUACAAGUGUCCGUCGUGCCCCAAGAGCUACAUGACUCCCGCCGCGCUGCAGAGCCACUCCGUGUCGCACACGGGCGUGCGGCGCUGGCAGUGCGCGGAGUGCCCCAAGACCUUCCUGCACCAGUCCUCCAUCUACAAACAUAAGCUGGUACACACCGGUGAAAAACCGUUCGCCUGCCACAUCUGCAGUAAAACCUUCACGCAGUCGGGCUCGCUCGCCACGCACGUCAAGUACGUGCACAUGAAACUGAAGCCGCCUCCGCGCCGCCGGAGACACCAGCCUGCGUAGUUCAGCUACUAAAUAAAUGUAGUACAUAAAGUGGAGAAAACAUACACGUGCAAUAUCUGUAGCUAAACCGUCUUACAGUUGAACUCGCUUGCCACACACGUCAAGUACGUGCACAUGAAACUGAAGCCGCCUCCGCGCCGCCGGAGACACCAGCCUGCGUAGUUCAGCUACUAAAUAAAUGUAGUACAUAAAGUGGAGAAAACAUACACGUGCAAUAUCUGUAGCUAAACCGUCUUACAGUUGAACUCGCUUGCCACGCACGUCAAGUACGUGCACAUGAAACUGAAGCCGCCUCCGCGCCGCCGGAGACACCAGCCUGCGUAGUUCAGCUACUAAAUAAAUGUAGUACAUAAAGUGGAGAAAACAUACACGUGCAAUAUCUGUAGCUAAACCGUCUUACAGUUGAACUCGCUUGCCACACACGUCAAGUACGUGCACAUGAAACUGAAGCCGCCUCCGCGCCGCCGGAGACACCAGCCUGCGUAGUUCAGCUACUAAAUAAAUGUAGUACAUAAAGUGGAGAAAACAUACACGUGCAAUAUCUGUAGCUAAACCGUCUUACAGUUGAACUCGCUUGCCACGCACGUCAAGUACGUGCACAUGAAACUGAAGCCGCCUCCGCGCCGCCGGAGACACCAGCCUGCGUAGUUCAGCUACUAAAUAAAUGUAGUACAUAAAGUGGAGAAACCAUACACGUGCAAUAUCUGUAGCUAAACCGUCUUACAGUUGAACUCGCUUGCCACACACGUCAAGUACGUGCACAUGAAACUGAAGCCGCCUCCGCGCCGCCGGAGACACCAGCCUGCGUAGUUCAGCUACUAAAUAAAUGUAGUAGAGACAGUGCAUAAAGUGGAGAAACCAUACACGUGCAAUAUCUGUAGCUAAACCGUCUUACAGUUGAACUCGCUCGCCACGCACGUCAAGUACGUGCACAUGAAACUGAAGCCGCCUCCGCGCCGCCGGAGACAUCAGCCUGCGUAGUUCAGCUACUAAAUAAAUGUAGUACAGACAGUGCAUAAAGUGGAGAAACCAUACACGUGCAAUAUCUGUAGCUAAACCGUCUUACAGUUGAACUCGCUUGCCACACACGUCAAGUACCACAUGAAGUUCAAGCCGCCGCUGGAGACACCAGCCCGCGUAUUCCAGCCACGGAACAGAUAAUAAUACUAUAGGGGGAUUACGUUGUGAAACCAUACAUAUGCGAUAUCUGCAGCGAAAACUACAGCCGGUUUUACGUGAUCAAUUUAAUCUCAAGUCUUUUGCGAAUAGAGCUAUGGUUCACACCACUUGCUGGUUUAGCGCUAAUUACUGAGAAUUUCUUACAGUGAUAAAAGAUGGGGUAAAAUUUGCAGAAGUUACCGCUGGUAAGAAGUGGGAAUAAUCCCAAAACGAAAUGGUAUCUCAAAUGUUUGUAACAAA